AUGAAUCUUAUAUCAAUCAGUGAUUUAACAAGAACACAAAGAUUUAUUGUUUAUUUCACAUGUAGUCAUGCUUUGAUUCAGGAUAUCAAGCUCAUGAAGAUGAUUGGUAAGGCUGAGAAUGAUGUAGGAUUAUAUAUGAUGGGAAAUGGCUCUACAAGUAACAAAUCACAAUGGGUUUAUAAGAUUAAACAUGGCAGUGAUGGGAAGAUUGAAAGGUAUAAAGCCCGACUUGUGGCAAAGGGUUUUAACAAGAAGGAAGGAAUAGACUAUAUUGAGACAUAUUCAACAGUGGCCAAAUUAGUUACUAUAAAGAUAUUACUUGCCACUACAAUUAUAAAGAAAUGGAAUUUGGUGCAAUUAGAUGUCAACAAUGCUUUUUUGAAUGGAGCAUUACAUGAAGAAGCAUCAAGACAGUGGUUUGAAAGGUUUUCACAAUUUAUGCUUAAAUUAGGUUUUGGAUUUAUGGUUUUGAAGCAAUUGCUAAGUAAUGAGUUCAACUUGAAAGACUUAGGCAAUUUGGGUAAUUUUAUGGGAUUGGAAAUUACCAAGUUCACUGAGGGCAUUUUCGUCUCACAACGCAAUUAUGCAUUGCAACUUAUUGAAGAUGUUGGUUUGUUAGGUGCUAAGCCUAAGACUACUCCCAUGGUACCCAUGGUCAACUUAUGUGCAAAUGGAGAUGAUUUCAAAGACCCUUCUCAACAUAGGAGGCUCAUUGGUCGUUUAUUGUAUCUCGAUAUUACACGACCAGAUAUAACUUUUGUUGUCCAACAAUUGUCUCAAUACAUGCUCAUACCCAAAGUUCAAUAUUCCAAUGCUGCAACACAUUUAAUCAAGUAUCUUAAAGGAUCUCCUGGUCAAGGAAUAUUCUUCUCUUCAUCAUAUUAUAUUCAUCUUAAAGGUUUCUGUGAUUCAGAUUGGGCUAAAUGUCCAGAUUCAAGGCGUUCAAUCACUGGGUUUUAUGUAUUCUUGGGAGAUUCUCUUAUUUCAUGGAAGUCAAAGAAACAGUCAACAGUCUCUCGUUCAUCUGCAGAGGCAGAAUAUAGAGCUAUGACCAUUACUACUUCUGAGCUCGUAUGGUUGAAACAAUUAGUAAAAGAUUUCAAUCAAUUCAAAUUGCUACAAAUCCAACGUUCCAUGAAAGUACAAAACACAUUGAUGUUGAUUGCCACUUAA